UUCAUUUUCAUGGCGCUGUCCGUACACAUGGGAAGGAUUAGCAGAUCUACGUUUGAUUUAUCUUUUGCAAUGGAUAAGAGUAAAGCUGACGAACCGCUGAAGAAAAAGAAAGAUAAAAAUUCACACAAAGAGAAGACUAAUAAGAGAAAGGCUGAGGAUGAGGAUCUGGUGACAUUGCAGGAAGACGAAACAAACACAAACAUCAGUGAAGAGAAAACAGAGAAAAAGCAGAAGAGGAGAAAGAAAAGCAAAACCGAGGAUCUGCUGAUGUUGCAGGAAGACGAAACAAACACAAGCAUCAAUGAAGAGAAAACGGAGAAAAAGCAGAAGAGGAGAAAGAAAAGCAAAACCGAGGGGUCUGAAAUUGUGAAGCAACAAGAACCAUCUGAAAAGGAGGAGGAGGAGGAGGAAAAUGGGCCUGGUGAAGAGGAGGAAUUGAGUCCAGAGGAGAGACGAGUGCUGGAGAGAAAGCUGAAGAAGAUCCGCAAAAAAGAGGAGAAGAAGAAACUGAAGGAGGAAAGCAAAAGCAGAACGCCAGAAAACAACGUGGCAGAGAAACAAGCGUUGGAAUACCUCUCAUGCUGGUCAGAGAGACGAGAGGAGUGGAAGUUUCAGAAAACCAGGCAAACUUGGUUAUUGCAGAACAUGUAUGACAGUGUGAAGGUGCCCGACAGUCAUUUUAAUGUGCUGUUAUCCUAUCUUGAUGGUCUUCGUGGAUCGGCGAGAGAUACCACACUGCAGAAAGCUGAAGUUAUUUUGCGCUGGGAUGGACAAGGAGAAAAAGAGGACACAGAAGAUGCUGAAAAGAAGCAACAGAGAGCCAAACAGAUUGUCCAGCUGCUGUGAAACACUCAACAAAACAUCACAAUAUGGUGUUUUCUGGCUUCUCUAAAGGGACAGUUCACCCAAAAAUUCUAAUUCGGUCACCAUUUACUCCCUCUUGUUUCACACCUUUAUGAGUUUCUUUCUUCUGUUGAACACAAAAGAAGAUAUUUUGAAGAAAGCUAACAAUCGACUCAUAGUAGGAAAAACAAAUACUAUGGAAGUCAUUACUGGUUUUCAGCUUCAAAAUAUUUGUGUAUUUUUGCAACGUGAC